AUGGCUGGAAAAAUUAUGUCUUGUAUUGCCGUGGAGGCAGUUCUAUUGAGCAUUCUUCUAUGCAUCCCCAUUGUUCUUUCUGAUGAUACAGCACCUAUUCCAACGGACAUUGCUCAGUUGAACAGUUGGUUUGAUGGCAUUGUUCAACCGCUAACUGCACGGAAAACCGCCUUGGACCCCGCCCUAGUCACCGCAGAGGGCGAACCCAAGGUGAUUAAAUUGAAAAGCGAUGGAAGUGGCGAUUUCAAGACUAUCAAUGAUGCCAUAAAAACCAUUCCUGAUGGAAAUACUAAACGCGUUAUUUUAUCGCUUGCCCCUGGAAAUUAUAGUGAGAAAAUCAAGAUUGGAAUGUAUAAACCAUUUAUCACCUUCUAUGGGGAAGAUCCAAAUAACAUGCCAGUUCUGGUGUUUGGUGGAACAGCAGCAGAAUAUGGAACUGUGGAUAGUGCCACCCUCGUUGUGGAAUCAGAUUACUUCAGUGCUGUUAACUUGAAAAUUGUGAAUUCUGCACCAAGGCCUGAUGGGAAAAGGGUGGGAGCUCAGGCAGCAGCACUGAGAAUAGGUGGAGACAAGGCAUCUUUCUAUAAUGUCAAAUUGUAUGGAUUUCAAGAUACCCUUUGUGAUGACAAGGGAAAACAUUUAUAUAAAGACUGCUAUAUUGAAGGCACUGUUGAUUUCAUCUUUGGUAGUGGCAAAUCCCUUUAUCUGAAUACGGAGUUGCACGUGAUUCCCGGGGAUAAAGAGGCGAUGAUCACUGCACAGGCAAGGACAACUGACUCGGAGGACACGGGCUACUCUUUUGUGCAUUGCAAGGUGACUGGCACGGGCGGCGUUGCCUAUUUGGGCAGAUCUUGGAUGCCUGCAGCUAAAGUAGUGUUUGCCUACACAGAAAUUAAUGACGCUAUUAACCCUAAAGGAUGGUCCAUUGUCAAACCUGAGCAUGAAAGCACCGUUCGCUUCGCAGAAUAUGAAAACAAAGGACCCAGAGCAAACAUGGAUAAGCGAGCUAAAUUUGUUAAGAAGCUAACUGAUGCAGAUGCCAAACCAUUCAUUAGCCUUUCCUAUAUAGAGGCUUCUAAGUGGCUGCUUCCUCCUGCCGAAGCUUAA